AUGGCGAGGUCCCUCCCAAAUAUCAUCGUCACCGGCACGCCUGGCACAGGCAAGACGACCCACUGCGAGGUGCUGGCCGAGAAGACGGGGCUGAAGCACCUGAGUGUGAACCAGGUGGUCAAGGGGAGGGAGUGCCACGAGGGCUGGGACGAUGAGUAUCAGAGCUGGAUCGUGGAUGAGGACAAGCUUCUUGACGCUAUUGAGGACGAGUGCAAGGCCGGAGGGUGCAUGAUCGACUGGCACGCGUGCGAUCUGUUCCCCAAGAGCUGGAUCGACCUCGUUGUUGUGCUGAGGGUGGACUCGGCGGUGCAUUAUGACCGGGUUGAAAGCGAGGUGAGUCUGGAGGAUUUACGGCUGAUGCAGAGCUUGCGAGGCUCCCCCGCCCUGCCCUUCCUGAAUUACCCAGAGGCGAAGCUCCAGGAGAACAUAGACUCGGAAAUCAUGGAGGUGCUGUCCCAGGAGGCGCGGGAGUCGUACGACGAGGAAAUCGUGGUGGAGCUCCAGAGCAACACGCCCGAGGAGAUGGAGACCAACAUUGAGCGCAUCGAGGCGUGGCUGAAGCAGUGGAAGGAAGACAACGCGGAUCGAUGA